GAGAACGUGAACUACACUGGCCACAUCUUGGACAGCGUCGUCGGGCGGACUAGGACGGAGCCAGCCAGCUGAGCCGCAGAACUCCGCCAGAUGAGACCAAAUAAAGGGCGACGCAAUUCAGGCUUACCGGGGCCACUGGAUGGAACCCCUCCCCCGGGCCCCUAGUUCCAAUCAAUCAGCUGGUCGCCACACACACGUGGUUUCUCGCAAAUGCUGUACAACACAUUCUGCGCACGCUACUAGGAGGACUCUAGAGGUCGGUGGAGGACGCGAAACUCAGAAGCUCAGAAGCUCAGAAACUCAGAAACUCAGACGUUUAAGAGGGGCGAAUGUUCGACGUGCCAAGACCGUCACCCUGUGUGCAGACAACGUCCUUUGGCGUAGGCCAGAAGGCUGCUCAGCACCUCGAACGGACAUGUUUAGUGUCUGAAAAGGAUUUUCUAUUCACCAUGUGGUCGCAGAUCAGGUAGCACAGGGCUGGGAAGCCACCGGGCUCACCUCUCAAAUCCAUCGUUUUCAUCAUUCAUAUCCAUCUGACCCUCUGACCCCCUCCCCCUAGUCGUGCCGCCCUAUUCACCCCCUUGUGUGCGUGUUUGCGUCUUAUGUGUUAAAUGUGGGCCUAAGAAACCAUGGCCAAGUGUCUCUACUUCCGACAAAGCAUGUCUUCGGGAUCCGGUGGGGACGAGGAGCCGCCCGCCAAUGCCAAGAACAAUGAUCCAUCUUCUGCUCAUGCCUCAUCGGUCCCGUCGACGUCGUCGGAGGCCGAUUUGGUCACGCAGGAAGACCUGGAUCGAUUGGGUCUCUCAUCCAACGGCGAGUUCGUGGACUCGUCCAUGGAGCAUCAGCCCGAUCGAGCCAAACAGGCCCAUUGGGGGACCGACCCUCCCCGAGGCAUCAUGCCCCAUCAGUUGUCGGAGAAGAAACACUCGCCAAAUAAUGGUGUCGCGGCUUCAUCGGGCUCGACUUUGAGUGGCGUGUCCAGUUUGCCCAUGAACAUCAAGAGCGAUCCGUUUUUGGAGUUGCCCGGCGGGGAUUGGAACCCGUACGACGAAACGCCCAGCUUGGCCGAGGCUAUCCUGAAUACGGAAUUUUUGAAGAGCAUCGGCAUUCGAGAUGAUCCGGACGGUCAGAGUGGCUCCAAAAUGGACACGAGCACCACCACUACGAACACCAACACCUCCAAUAGUUGCAUCCCCUUUUCAGCCUCCUCCGUGAUGGACUCGUUGAGUUCGCUGAGUAGCGACAAUACCCUCAUGGAAGGUUCCAGUCCCGAGUACAAAGAAGAGACCAGCAAGACGAUCCCCAUCGCGAAAUACAACACCCAUAAUGAUGAGGCAUUCCAAAGUGACGUGAGCUCCAAUUGCAGUUCACUCUCGGAUACCUCAUGUUGGUCCGUGUCCAAUAAUCGCCGGAGUUCGCCCCAACAGACCCAUUUGAUUCAACCCAAGCCGAUUGCGGCUAAAGCCGGAGUGCACCAGCAAUCCAAAAGCAAACCACUCGGGACGUUUUGGUCCCUGACCAAUGGAACAGGUCUGGAUCCCAUUCCGGAGGACUCUAUAACAGAGGCACCCGCCAUUUACUUGCCACUGGUACCUCCGCCUCUGCCCAAACCCGCCACCACUUCGUACAAUAUCAGCUUUCCCACUACUCUGCAACCCCGGCCAGAUCGGUUCGAUUUCUGGCGCAACUCAACCUCUAUUGGAAGUGGACGAUUUAGUGGGGGAUGUCAUUUUUCCACCACCACCGCCUCCAAUGGUCAAAAUUCGGCGUUUUCCUCGCCUGGAGCGGCCUCGCCCACUAUUCCUCAAUCGCCCAUCAGCCACUCGCCUUUUCAUGGUGCACCCAACACGUCCUCUUUGGAUAGUUUGGACCUCCAGCCCAUGAACAUCAUCGAAGACAACGUGUCCUCGUUAUGCAAGGGAGCCAACAGCAAGCACAAGAUGGCCAGUAAACGCACGAGGAAUCCCACACCCACUUCUGUUACAGAAUAAGAAGAAUCGGAUGGAGGCGUGUCAGGUCGAAAAGGCCGUCGCGAUAGUCAAGGGGCCAACAGCGCCGAGAAUAAGAGACGUGACUCCAUUAAAUGUGGUCUGGACGACCUGCAGCGCAUGCUACCUCAUAUUGGCACUCCUGAAGAAGAAAAGAUCAGUCAAGCCAGCGUGUUAUACGAAGCUGGAAAGUAUAUUCAUCAAGUGAAAGGAGACGAUGCAAAGAUUUCAAUCGAGAUCGAGGCUGUGAAGAAAGAAAUUGACGAUCUCAACAAUCAGAUUGAGUCCUUUCAAAAUCAACUCCCAAUCAAUGUCUUUCGAUCAAAUGGUCUCGGCUUCCUCACUCGACGAACUGGAAAACACAUCCAUCAAUUGGAUGAACACCAAUCUCACUCUGCAGCAGCUACGAAAAGAUGCCUAUCGCAAAUUGGCCAAGUUGUGUGCGAAGACGAGCAUCGUGGAAGAGCCGGCCAAACUUCCCGAGGAGGCCAUGGGCUUUGUAUCGCGUGGUGAGCGUGGAUACUCAGCCAAGAAUUGCUUCAGACGCAAAGAAUCGGCCCCAAUCCGUGAAGAGCCCCCAAUACCCUGUGCCAGUAGUGGUGCCAAAUCGGUGGUGAGCUCUUUCAAUCGCCCCGAGCGUCCCGACUGAGCCUGGUGAUAAAGAAUGAGAAUCAAUAUUACCCCCCUCCCCCCUCCCCUAUGCGAAAAUAUCGACUUUGAAUCAAGCUACGUUCUUCUUUCACCUUGUUUAUUCUUGUGUACACACGAAAUAUAUCAACUAUUUAUCCCUAUGAGAACCAUA